AUGUCUUUUCUCAACAUGAACAUCGACCAUGAGGAUCAACAGUUUGAUUUUGGGCCGCGAAAGCCACAGCCUUAUGGAGCAUCUUUUUCAAGCAAUACCCCCGCUCAAAAGAAUGAUUUUGGAGCACCACAAAGAUCAGAGCCAUACGAAGCAGCUGCAGCAAGAGCUGCAUCCGAUGAGUCGAAUGAUUUUCUAAGAUUACGACGUCCACAGCCGUACCGAAUCUCUUCUGCUGGCUCCACAGUUAGUCAACAACCUGAUUUUGCCCGCCAAACAGAUAUUGCUUCAGUCCAAAAUGUUUUAUUAAAAGAAAAUAAUUUUAACAACCUUGACGUUUUAAAAUCAUCCAUUAUUGUCCUUAAAACAAUAAUUAGUAAUAGCAUCAAACAGACAAAUUUCAUUAAACGAAUUGUACGUCGUUUGACAUCGGGAGGAAACAACAGUCGUGAUUGGAUGGAGGAAUUAAAUAGAAUCGUGAAAGAAUUAGGAACCGGAAAAAAAGUUGAAAACUUAUUGGUUUUUUUUCAAGCAAAUAAACAUCGUUUAGACCCAAAAACUCGAUCGUUAUUGGAACCAGUUAUGAAACAAUAUAAAUUAUUGGAAGAUUUUCAAAAUUCUGUCACAGAUAGCGACAGUAUUUCGAACAGUCUCCAAAGUUUAGAAAAUCAAAACAUAAACUAUGAAACACUAUUAAAACAUGGCGGUGGCAACCGUGUUAAAAAUAUUCUUGAACAAAAUCUUAGUUCACAGCCAGUAUCUGAACUAGCCAAACGAUCACUGUUUGCAACAAUAGAUAAGAUAAUUGAUGCAGGUAAAAUGACACAAGUAGAUUCGAAUGGUAAAGCAGUGAAAUUGUUAAAAAAGCAUUUAGAAUUUGAUACACUUCGGCCAAUCGUUGAAUCUGACACUGAAAAGACAUUGGAUAAAUCCAAUAAUCAGGUUAUUGAUCAGUUUUCAAAUGCAUGCGAAUUAAUUAAGAAACAAAGAAAAUAA